AGUUUCCGCCAUUCGGCCAUCUAAAAUAAACUUCAACUAUGGCCACCCAGCCGAGUGAUAACACCGAGUUUCCGCCCGAAAUAAUUCUGAAACCCCUGGCCCUAAUCGGACUUUCGGGUUUGGACACGGUAAACAAUGCAAUACACAAGACGAUUUGGGACGCCUUUUCAAACAACAGACGGCCGGAUCGCGCUGCAGUUAAGUUCAAAAUAUUGAAUAACACCUUUGAAUUCCCUGUCGUUAAACCGAAAAGAAACUCCUAUGAGUGGUACAUGCCGAAGGGAAUUUUGAAGAAGAACUGGAUACCUAAACGUGUGUCCUUGAUUCCUGCUCUAGUUGUAAUAUUUUACGAUAUGGAAUGGAAUGAUCCUCAAUGGAAUGAAAAGAUAAUCGAAUGUGCGUCCAGGGUUCAGUCAAUUCGUGCCGCAGUGGAGGGACACGCGACUCGUGUCGCUGUGGUGGUCGUCCAGAGCGGGCUUUCCCCCCCACCUUCAGAAUAUAUGUUAGGAGCGGAAAGAGCUCAGGCAUUGUGCUCUGCGUGUGAAAUACAAUCAAAAUCACUGUUUGUUCUUCCUCAUAGUGAUCAUUUAAUGGGGUAUAUAAUUAGACUAGAAAAUGCUUUCUAUGAUAUAGCGCAGAACUACUACCACCACGAAACUAAAAAUAUUAAGCAACAUCGGGAUCAUUUAAAUAAAACUACUCAUCAUUAUUUAUUUGUGCGGCAUCAGUUUAAGUUGGGUUUCUUGAAUGAACUAAAGCAGGACUUCAGUACGGCACAUAAACACUACAUGCACGCCUACAACAACUUACUGGAAACCAGACAAGUUGAUACGAACAUCCACGAAAUAAGAACUGUUGCUGGCUAUAUCAAUUAUAAACUUUGCAAAUUGCUUUUUACACUAAAUCUGGCCAGAGAUGCAAUUGCACAACUUAAAUCACACAUUGAAAGAUACAUAAAUAAAAUAGGACCAACUGAAUUGCUUUUUGAACACUAUGCUUGGAUUGCUAGACAGUACAGUGCAUUUGGGGAAUUGUUUGAUGAAGCCAUUAGAGUUGGACUACCUGGCAUCCAGUCCCAACAUCCCGGAUUCUAUUACCAACAUGCUGCACAGUUCACAGCUAAGAGGCGGCAGGUGAUGAGGUCGGUUUGUGGUGAAGCCUUACAAUAUCCACCGCCUCCCGAUCCUAUUGAAGGUAUUGUUGAAUACUAUGGACAGAGACCUUGGAGACCUGGGAGACUCAGUGCUGAUCCUCACGACCCCCAAAAGGAGCAAGCUGCAAUUCUAGCGUUGCAAUACAAUGAGAGAGUUUUCAAUCACUCUGCUAUGAUAAUUAGCUUUUUAGGUAGUGCAAUUUCUCAAUUCAAGACAUUCCACUCACCCAGGAUGAGAAAACAGCUUGUGGUUGAAAUGGCAAAUGAAUAUUACUACUGUGCAGAUUAUGGCAAAGCUUUGACACUACUCAGCCAUAUGCUUUGGGAUUAUAGGAAAGAGAAGUGGUGGUUUCUGGCAUCCUAUGUCCUUAAUAGAGCCUUACAGUGUGCCUACUUAUCUGCAAAGAUACAAGAUUACAUCCACCUUUCUAUAGAGGCACUGUCAAAAAACAUUCAAGUGCCAAAUAAUGAUAAGGAGAGAAUUUUCAAGAACAUUAAGUCAGUGCUUAAUUUAGACAUUCCAACACCAGAACCUGACAUACCGGCCUCUUCACAAGGUAAAGCUUUGGAAAUGUGGGGUAUGGCCAUUGAUAAGGAGCCAUAUGUAGUUGUUGUAGACAUGGAUACCAUAGCAAGUUUCCUUGAAGUCAAAACUAAAUUUAGGCAGCUUAAAUACAGAAUGGAUGAAUUAAUUGAGGUUGAAUUAUUUGUGAGACUUACGUAUGAAACAGUGCUAGAAAUUAAAUUAGCCGUUUUAACAGUCAGCACAAAAACUGAAACCAUUGAAAUACCUAUCACUGACAAUGAAAGUUCAAACAUUACAUUGAAAGGCCGCAGUGUUAAGAAAUUUUUGUGUAAAUUUAAAUCAAACCCUCUUGAUAAUGGGUCAGAGUUGAGUAUAAAAAACGUAUCAUUUGUUCUAGAUUCUAAUAGGAAAAGGAAGAUUGUUAUGAAUUUCAAAAUAGAAGAUAAUAAAAGUUUACCUACUAUUCAUCCUGAGUUACUACAUUUCAUACUUAGUCCUAAAAGUGAUUAUGAAUUUGACUGUAUCGUGCCUUUAACUACAACAGCUAUAAUAAGCAGAGAGUGUAGAUUGUCUAUAGGAAUUGAUAAUGCAGUGCCCGCUCUCCAGGGAGAAUGGUUUCCAACAACCUUCACAAUAACCAAUAAUGAGGAUAGUCUGGUUUAUGACAUGACAAUAGUUCUGUCUCUUUUAAGCUCUCCCGAUAACACUAACCCUGAGGCAGUAACAGAAUUAAGCUUUAAGCGAGGUGAACCACAGCCUCAACCUCUUAAAAUAUGUAUAGGUGAUGUAAAUAAAGUGACCACAUACUCAAAUACAUUCUAUUUAAAGACUAACAGAACUGCCACAGCGACAGUUCAAAUAAAAAUUUCAUAUAACAUAGACCUGAAUGAUACUCCAAAACUUGAAUGUAUAAAAGAUUUUACCACAAAAAUUCCAGUGAUCAAGCCAUUUGAAGUGACCACUAAUUUUGUUGCGAUGAAUUUUAAGGCAGUUGCCAAGUGCUUUGUAGAUGACCCAUUCAUAGUAAUGCCUCAAAUAAAAAUUUUAAGUCCAUGGGAAUUGCUCAUUUUAGACACCGAAUUAGAAACAGUAGACUGUUUUAGAUAUGCUGAUGAUAGAAAGCCACCAUCUUGUAUAAGUAAUCUACAGGUAGGAGAAAAGAAUGUUGCUUCAGAUGCCAUCUGUAUACAGGCCAAGUACAAACCCAAAGAUCCUCCCACGAGAGUUGGCUUGUAUAAUAUAAAGUGGCGUAGAAAAAGUAAUACUGAUGGCCACUUUGUUAUGAGCAGCACGGCUUUAUCUGGAAUUACAAUAGAUGAAUGUCCAAUUUCAAUUGAAGUUAACUACCCUGAAGUGGUAGAUUUACAAACAUCGGUUCCUUUAAAAUGUACAUUAAUCGGAAACACAAACACACCUAUAAGAUUAAGUUUGUCAGUGGAAGGAUCAGAUGCUUACAUGUUUGCUGGUUAUAAAAAGUUUUCUGUUACCGUCCCUCCUAAGGAUAAAGUGGAACUAUGUUACAACAUUCACCCCUUAGUAGCGGGAAAUACUGUACCUCCCAGAAUUAAAGCUACAAUACUGGGUGAUAACUCUAGACAAGAAGUUAUCACGGAAAUGUUUGAUAAAAUCUUUCCACAAAAUAUAUUUGUUAUGCCUAAAUACAAUAAAUGAAUUGUGCUAUAUUGUUGAUCGUUCAGGUUGAUAUUUGUAAAUAGUUAUGAACAAAUAUGUAAUUAUAUUGUAGUUACCCUGUAAUUAUUCUUAGAAUAAAUUCAGUUAAUUGUUUUUAUGUAUUUUUUUUUUGUUAACAGAAGAUAUUAAAGUUCUUAUUGAAAAUGAAA